UAUCCUAGAAUUUGACUUCAAUUUAAACUCUCUGUCCCUCGGCAUUAAAUAGUGAGAAAUGAGUGAUUUCGUCUCAUUGGCAACCAAAGAUAAACGCCUCUUGUUCUUUUGCGUAGGCUAGUGAGCAAGAGAGACAGAAAUUAUAAUGGCCAACGGAAGCUCCGACCACUCCGAAUCUUUUGUCAAGAUUCCACCAAUAAAAUUCACCAAGCUCUUUAUCAACGGCAAGUUUGUGGAUUCCAUUUCAGGGAAAACGUUCGAGGCAGUAGAUCCAAGAACAGGGGAGGUGAUAACAAGAGUUUCAGAAGGAGAUGGAGAGGAUAUUGAUUUGGCUGUGAAGGCUGCACGUCAUGCUUUUGACCAUGGCCCUUGGCCUCGCAUGUCCGGCUAUGAGCGAGGAAGGAUCUUGAUGAAGUUUGCAGACUUAAUUGAAGAAAAUAUGGAAGAAUUAGCUGCAUUGGAUACCAUUAAUGGGGGCAAGCUGUUCUCUCUUUGCAAGGUCCUGGACAUCCCAGGUGCAGCAAGGAUUCUUCGUUACUAUGCAGGUGCAGCCGAUAAAAUUCAUGGAACAGUGUUAAAAUUAUCAAAGGGGCUUCAGGGCUACACUCUCAGGGAACCAAUUGGGGUAGUAGGAAGUAUAAUUCCUUGGAAUUUUCCCACUAUCAUGUUUUUCAUGAAAGCUGGCCCGGCAUUAGCCGCAGGCUGCACCAUGGUCGUCAAGCCAGCUGAGCAGACCCCUCUUUCAGCUCUUUAUUAUGCUUAUCUCGCUAAGCUGGCUGGCAUCCCUGACGGAGUGCUCAAUGUAGUAAAUGGAUAUGGAGAAACUGCUGGAGCUGCCAUUAGCUCUCAUAUGGACAUUGAUAAAGUGAGUUUUACAGGAUCUACUGAAGUUGGGCGUAAGAUAAUGACAGCAGCAGCAGGAAGCAAUCUGAAACCCGUGUCACUAGAGUUGGGGGGCAAAUCACCUCUAUUAAUAUUUGAUGAUGCUGAUAUUGACCAUGCUGCAGAUAUUGCUUUUAAAGGCAUCUUCUUUAACAAAGGAGAAAUUUGCGUGGCAAGUUCUCGUGUUUAUUCAAAAGGUAUUUAUGAAAAAAUUGUGAAGAAGUUGGUAGAGAAGUCAAAUGCAUGGGUUGUUGGGGACCCUUUUGACCCUCGAGUUCAUCAAGGACCCCAAACUGAUAAGAAGCAAUUCGAGAAAAUUCUCACCUACAUUGAGCAUGGAAAAAGAGAAGGAGCUACUUUGCUAACAGGGGGCAAGCAUCUCGGCAAGAAGGGAUACUACAUUGAGCCUACCAUAUUUACUGAUGUUGAGGAAGACAUGAUCAUAGCAAAAGAGGAAAUAUUUGGUCCCGUGAUGUCAUUGAUGAAAUUCGAAACUAUGGAAGAAGCAAUUAAGAGGGCAAAUACCACAACUUAUGGCCUGGCAGCUGGGGUUAUAACCAAGAACUUGAACGUGGCGAACACCGUCUCAAGAUCGAUCCGUGCCGGUGUUAUCUGGAUCAAUUGUUACACUGCAUUUGAUUUGGAUUGCCCCUAUGGUGGAUACAAGAUGAGCGGGUUUGGAAGGGAUUAUGGUUUGGAUGCCCUUAAUCAGUAUCUCCAAAUCAAGUCCAUUGUAACUCCCAUUCACGAUUCUCCCUGGCACUGAACCCUAAAUCCAGCAGUAGUAACUUAUACCUGGAAUGUAAUUUUAGGAGCAUAAAGUCAAAAAUUAAACAUAGUGAUUUCUACUGCAGAUGCCAGGUAGCUAUGUCUUGUCAUAUCGGGUGAUUUGGUUUGUGACACACUGAUUUGAUUUCAUAAUAAUGUCUU